UUUAAACCAAUCAGAGGUCAAUAUCGAUAUGGACAAGGAUACAGCUAUUUGAUAUCAUGAUGCUUUUUUGUUGGCUGUAGCUUUCUUUGCCUAGCUUACCCCAUGAAAAACAUCUCCAACUCAAACGUUUCGAAUCUAUAUCUUCAUCACAUCAACAACAAAUGUUGAAGAUGGCUUCACAACAAAAGAAUCAAAAUGUCUCUGCGCAAACUGAUUUAUCACGAAGUUUACCAAUUUUAGAUUCAUCACGACCUCAUACUUUCAUAAAGCCUAUAAAGAGAAUCCAUGAAGGUCACGAUGUGCCCCGCUUCCUCAUAUCAAAAGCAUAUACCGAUAUUGGCGUGUUUGUUAUGCAACUCAAUAUUGCUAUGUGUCCUAGGAAAUCAUCUGAUAUAGAUCAAAAAGCUCAGACCUGGACGUUAGAUACUUCCCUAGAACUAUCGGAGCCUGUUAAGAAACUACAGGAAUUAUUAGAAGAUAUCGAUGCUAUCAUUGAUGAAGCACCACCUGAUACAGGACCAAGAAGAUUUGGAAAUGUUAGCUUUCGAAAGUGGUAUGAAAUACUGGAAACACGAGCCAGGGAUCUGUUGAAGCAAUAUUUACCAGCUGAAGUUCUUGAAUUUGGGGGAAGUUCUCCUGAUGACGAGGUAUCGGCUUUGGAUGAACUUAGUUCUUAUUUGUUGGGUGGAUUUGGGAGUGCGCAAAGACUGGAUUAUGGAACUGGUCAUGAACUUAGCUUUUUAGCGUUUUUAGGAUGUAUUUGGAAGUUGGGUGGAUUCACAAAAACAUCUUCAAAUCGAGGCGAGUUAGAGAGAAGUAUCGUUAUAGGUGUUAUAGAGCCGUGUGUUUAUCCUCCCUCACUUGUAGUACAGCACAUGCUAAUAUAUCCAUCAGCUAUUUACGUGUAAUCCGUCGGCUUAUCCUCACAUAUACUCUAGAACCAGCUGGAUCUCAUGGUGUAUGGGGACUAGAUGAUCAUUCAUUUCUACCAUAUAUAUUUGGGUCAUCCCAAUAUUGUCCAGCUAUUACUGAUGAUGAAGAUAUGCCAGUAGAAGGAUCUUUACCAGAAGCUUCAAACCCAGGAGAUGUGGCUAAGAAGUUGACAGUUGAUCGAGAAAGGAAGAACAAUAUGUAUUUCUCGGCAAUUGGUUUCAUUAAUGAUGUGAAAACUGGACCAUUUUGGGAACAUAGCCCAAUUCUUUUUGAUAUUUCUGGAGUGCGAUCAGGAUGGGGAAAAAUAAAUAAGGUCAGUUUCAUUCUUUGACAGCAAUAGUCACUUCUAAUACUUUCAGGGGAUGAUCAAAAUGUACAAUGCAGAAGUACUAUCGAAAUUUCCGGUGGUACAACAUUUCCCGUUCGGAUCAUUAUUUAGUUGGGAUCAAGACCCUCAUGCUGUGUCAAGUCCUCAAACAGUACACACAGCAAAUCAGCCCAUAGGUUCAGGAGGGACACCUACAUCCCGAGCAGCACCACAAGAAGGUACAAGAGCACCCUGGGCUAACACACCACAAACUCAAGGUAUGCAACCUACAGCUGCACCAUGGGCAAAUACAGCAGCAGGGGCUAUGCCUUCCACAAGACGAAAUAUACCACCUACAUCCUCAACGACUUUUACAGGAUCAACACCUUCCUCUGGGCCAACAUUUACAACAAGGCAAGCACGGGCGAAUAAUGCAGCAGCAACAUCAACAAACCCAUCACAUACUGAUAAUGGUUCAACACGUGCGCCUUGGGCAAAGUGAAUAGAGGAUAGGAUAAUUCUUGAAGCUCAAGGGCAAAGGAUACAAAUAGUAGCAAAGAUGAUAUUUCAGGGGAAUUUGGCGUCCAUACAUGGAUGGAUGGAUAUACUCCGUAGAUUUGUGCAUGAAAAAGCGUCAAUCAUUAAUCAUACGUUCCCAAGGCUUCAUUGAUUUAUGUGGGGAUAAUGAACAAACUAUUUGAAGUUUGGGCUGCGCAUGGUCCCGUGCAGUGGCACAUUUUACCUAGGUACUUUUAGUGUGGCAAUCGGGUGUUACCUAAUUGAACCCCCGAGUGGGCUUUUUCUUUUUACGUUUGAUAUAUACCUAGGUAGGUAUCCAUACUGAGUAAGCAGUGUCGGUAUAACCAGUGGGUGCACCUUACGAAAUUGAAACAUUUUAGAAUGAGAAAGAUGAAUGUCGGGAUGUUCAUUUU